AUGUGGCGGCAGUCAACGAUACUGGCCGCGUUACUAGUGGCUCUUUUGUGUGCGGGCAGUGCAGAAAGCAAAGGCAAUCGCCCGCCAAGAAUCACCAAACAACCGGCACCCGGAGAACUGCUCUUCAAAGUGGCGCAACAGAACAAGGAAAGUGACAAUCCAUUCAUAAUCGAGUGUGAAGCCGAUGGACAACCCGAGCCAGAAUAUAGUUGGAUCAAGAACGGCAAGAAGUUCGACUGGCAGGCGUACGAUAACCGCAUGCUGCGGCAGCCGGGACGCGGCACCCUGGUGAUCACCAUACCCAAGGACGAGGAUCGCGGCCACUACCAGUGCUUCGCGUCCAACGAAUUCGGAACGGCCACCUCGAACUCGGUGUACGUGCGUAAGGCCGAGCUGAAUGCCUUCAAGGAUGAGGCGGCCAAGACUCUGGAGGCCGUGGAGGGUGAGCCCUUCAUGCUGAAAUGUGCCGCACCCGACGGCUUUCCCAGUCCGACGGUCAACUGGAUGAUCCAGGAGUCCAUCGAUGGCAGCAUCAAGUCGAUCAACAACUCUCGCAUGACCCUCGAUCCCGAGGGUAAUCUCUGGUUCUCGAAUGUUACCCGCGAGGAUGCCAGCUCCGAUUUCUACUACGCCUGCUCGGCCACCUCGGUGUUCCGCAGUGAAUACAAGAUCGGCAACAAGGUGCUCCUGGAUGUCAAGCAGAUGGGCGUUAGUGCCUCGCAGAACAAGCAUCCGCCCGUGCGUCAGUAUGUGUCCCGUCGCCAGUCCUUGGCGCUGCGCGGCAAGCGAAUGGAACUGUUUUGCAUCUACGGUGGAACCCCGCUGCCGCAGACCGUGUGGAGCAAGGAUGGCCAGCGGAUACAGUGGAGCGAUCGAAUAACGCAAGGACACUAUGGCAAAUCACUGGUCAUUCGGCAGACAAACUUCGAUGAUGCCGGCACAUACACCUGCGAUGUGUCCAACGGUGUGGGCAAUGCCCAAUCCUUCUCCAUCAUCCUGAAUGUUAACUCCGUGCCGUACUUUACCAAAGAACCUGAAAUCGCCACCGCCGCCGAGGACGAAGAGGUGGUCUUCGAGUGUCGCGCUGCUGGUGUACCAGAGCCCAAGAUCAGUUGGAUUCACAAUGGUAAGCCCAUCGAGCAGAGCACCCCGAAUCCCCGACGAACGGUUACGGACAACACAAUCCGCAUUAUCAAUCUGGUUAAGGGCGAUACUGGUAACUACGGCUGCAACGCCACCAAUUCGCUGGGAUAUGUGUACAAGGAUGUCUACCUAAAUGUCCAGGCUGAGCCGCCAACGAUCUCCGAAGCUCCAGCAGCUGUGUCCACUGUGGAUGGAAGGAAUGUGACCAUUAAGUGCAGGGUUAACGGAUCCCCGAAGCCUCUGGUUAAAUGGCUGAGGGCCAGCAACUGGCUGACCGGAGGUCGUUACAAUGUCCAAGCUAACGGCGAUCUGGAGAUCCAAGACGUGACAUUCUCGGAUGCCGGCAAAUACACGUGCUACGCGCAGAACAAGUUUGGUGAAAUUCAAGCCGAUGGUUCGCUGGUGGUCAAGGAGCACACGAGAAUUACCCAAGAGCCGCAGAACUACGAGGUGGCCGCCGGACAAUCGGCCACGUUCCGCUGUAACGAGGCCCACGACGAUACGCUGGAGAUUGAGAUCGAUUGGUGGAAGGAUGGCCAGUCCAUUGACUUUGAGGCCCAGCCGCGAUUCGUGAAGACCAACGAUAAUUCCCUGACGAUUGCCAAGACCAUGGAGCUGGAUUCUGGCGAGUAUACGUGCGUGGCCAGGACGCGCUUGGAUGAGGCCACGGCCAGGGCGAAUUUGAUUGUCCAGGAUGUGCCGAAUGCGCCAAAACUCACCGGCAUCACCUGCCAGGCGGACAAGGCCGAGAUCCACUGGGAACAACAGGGUGACAAUCGUUCGCCCAUUCUGCACUACACCAUCCAGUUCAAUACAUCGUUCACGCCCGCCUCCUGGGAUGCCGCCUACGAGAAGGUGCCCAACACGGACUCCUCGUUCGUCGUCCAGAUGUCACCGUGGGCCAACUACACGUUCCGUGUGAUUGCCUUCAACAAGAUCGGAGCCUCGCCGCCGUCGGCGCACAGCGAUAGUUGCACCACCCAGCCGGAUGUGCCCUUCAAGAAUCCCGAUAAUGUCGUUGGCCAGGGCACCGAGCCCAACAAUCUGGUCAUCUCCUGGACUCCGAUGCCCGAAAUCGAGCACAAUGCCCCCAAUUUCCACUAUUAUGUGAGCUGGAAACGCGAUAUCCCUGCCGCUGCUUGGGAAAAUAAUAACAUAUUCGACUGGCGACAGAACAACAUUGUGAUUGCCGAUCAACCGACGUUCGUGAAGUACCUGAUCAAGGUGGUGGCCAUCAACGAUAGGGGUGAGUCCAAUGUCGCCGCCGAGGAGGUGGUUGGCUACUCUGGCGAAGAUCGUCCCCUGGAUGCGCCCACCAACUUCACGAUGAGGCAGAUCACAUCCUCGACCAGUGGCUACAUGGCCUGGACGCCGGUAAGUGAGGAAUCGGUGCGCGGACACUUCAAGGGCUACAAAAUCCAAACGUGGACGGAGAACGAGGGCGAGGAGGGUCUGCGGGAGAUCCAUGUGAAGGGUGAUACCCACAACGCUCUGGUCACACAAUUCAAGCCCGAUUCGAAGAACUAUGCCCGCAUUUUGGCUUACAAUGGACGCUUCAAUGGCCCACCCAGUGCCGUCAUCGACUUCGAUACUCCGGAGGGUGUACCAUCGCCGGUUCAGGGACUGGAUGCCUAUCCCCUGGGCUCCUCGGCCUUCAUGCUCCACUGGAAGAAGCCGCUGUAUCCCAAUGGCAAGCUCACUGGCUACAAGAUCUACUACGAGGAGGUUAAGGAGAGCUAUGUGGGCGAGCGACGCGAAUACGAUCCCCACAUCACCGAUCCCAGGGUCACACGCAUGAAGAUGGCCGGCCUGAAGCCCAACUCCAAGUACCGCAUCUCCAUCACUGCCACCACGAAAAUGGGCGAGGGAUCUGAACACUAUAUCGAGAAGACCACGCUCAAGGAUGCCGUCAAUGUGGCCCCUGCCACGCCCUCCUUCUCCUGGGAACAAAUGCCAUCCGACAAUGGACUAGCCAAGUUCCGCAUCAACUGGCUGCCAAGUACCGAGGGUCAUCCGGGCACUCACUUCUUUACGCUGCACAGGAUUAAGGGCGAAACCCAAUGGUUACGCGAGGGUGAGGAAAAGAACUUCGAUUACCAGGAGGUCGGCGGCUUAGAUCCGGAGACCGCCUACGAGUUCCGCGUGGUCUCCGUGGAUGGCCACUUCAACACGGAGAGUGCCACGCAGGAGAUCGACACGAACACCGUUGAGGGACCGAUAAUGGUGGCCAACGAGACGGUGGCCAAUGCCGGAUGGUUCAUUGGCAUGAUGCUGGCCCUGGCCUUCAUCAUCAUUCUCUUCAUCAUCAUCUGCAUUAUCCGACGCAAUCGGGGCGGAAAGUACGAUGUCCACGAUCGGGAGCUGGCCAACGGCCGGCGGGAUUAUCCCGAAGAGGGCGGCUUCCACGAGUACUCGCAACCGUUGGAUAACAAGAGCGCUGGUCGCCAAUCCGUGAGUUCAGCGAACAAACCGGGCGUGGAAAGCGAUACCGAUUCGAUGGCCGAAUACGGUGAUGGCGACACAGGACAAUUUACCGAGGAUGGCUCCUUCAUUGGCCAAUAUGUUCCUGGAAAGCUCCAACCGCCGGUUAGCCCACAGCCACUGAACAAUUCCGCUGCGGCGCAUCAGGCGGCGCCAACUGCCGGAGGAUCGGGAGUAGCCGGAUCGGCAGCAGCAGCCGGAACUUCGGGCGGAGCAUCAUCCGCCGGUGGAGCAGCUGCCGGAGGAGCAACUGCCAGCAAUGGAGGAGCUGCAGCCGGAGCCGUUGCCACCUACGUCUAAGAGGCGUGGCUGGGAUUCACUUGCCCCAUUGUUCUCUUGAUUUUCUACCAAACGAUUCAAACGCCUAUUAAACAAAAAGAAACUGUGUAAUUCUGUGUGUAAAACGAAAACUGCUUUAAGUGUCUGCAAAAAAAAGAAAGAAGAAAACAUUAUAAUUAACUCAAAUCGAGAAACAAUUGUAAAGUGAAGAAAAACUCGCAUGAAUUUAAAGCAUAUAAUUUUGCUUCUUUUGGCUUAUGAAAUUAUUGUAGCAAACAGUUAAACGCCUUUUCAAAAACAAAAAACAAAGAAACUUUUGUAUAAGCUUAAAAAAAAAAAAGAAAACCAAAACACAAAAAAUGAAUGUAAACGUUGACAAAUGUAUGGAGAAGUAGAAGGACGAUUAAUGAUAAUGCCUGUUUUGUGUAAUAAUUUUUUUUUCUACAAAAAUACCUUUAAGUUAUGAGUGGCACAAGGAUCAUUGUCUACAUGGAAACCGCGUCGAGUUUGUAAGCCAAAGAGCCGGCGAACCAAGGAGUCGAGUGAGGGAACGGAGGCAAUAGCGACAGAUAUAUGCGUUUAUAUCGAUUCCGGUCUCAGCUAAACUAGGAACUGUUCAAAAUGUACAAAAACCAAGGCUUAAAUGAGAACCAUCGGGCAGCUUCGAUCAAUGAUCAAUGACUGAAUUGCGAAGGAAAUGCCCGGACUAUUUUGCAAUCAACUACACAGUACAGCGCAUGUCUGCUCCUCAAUGUCCAAUGACUAACCAAAAUAUCGAUGUGUUCAACUAGCAGCAAGUCAAAUACUCAACUUGACCUCGAUCACUGUUCGCCACAAUCAAAGACUUAAGGGCAGAGCAGAUUUUCCAGCGCCAGUUCAAGAAAUCCAGGAGGAGCUGAGGCAGCAGCUUUCCUUCGUCGGCAAUUCGCAUAUAUUUGUGAAUAUGUGUAUCGUAUAAGUUCCGAUUUUCGUCCAUAGUCUAAUGCAAUUUUUCGCGUCUAGUAUUUAAACAGAAUCCCUUCAGUUUGUCCAUUAAUGAGUUAAGUAAAGCAAAUUAGUUAAUUAACAAAUUAGUUGGCCCACUCGCACGAGUCGGUCAUUGUAACCUAUAUUAUUAUACGAUUAAUACGCAGCUGACAAACCUAUAAUUGUUCCACAUAGUACUCCCUCUUAUUUGAAUAAAAAAUGUUAAAAAGCCUCGAGAUGCCAGUUGCGUCUCUGGUUUCCACUUAA